AUGGCCUCAGCAGAGCCCAAGAGGCAGCCAGAAACCCAGAAUGGAGAGGCAGUCGAGUUAGCCCAGGUUGCAGAGAGCCUUGAGUGCCCAGGAAGAGAAGAGUGUCUGGUGCCGGCACAUGAGACCUGCAGGAGCCCAGGUGAAGACAAGUGUCCCGUGGGGCACAGCUUAGAGCCAGAGCUCCAGGAGGUGGGAGAAGAAGGCCUCAAUCCAGGGGUGGAAGCAGGAGAGGAGAGAGGACCCAAGCCUACAUCAUCCAUCGUGAGACCAGCUCAUGGGCCCAAGAGAAAAGCAGAAGCUGAACUGCCACCGGGGGUGCAGCAGCAGAAGGAAGAGCCAGAAGGCAGCCACAGCGAAUCCUCACUGUCCUCGAAACAGCACAAAAAAGCCAAGAAACGCAAGAGUGUCGGGGCUCCUGUGCCGCCAGCUGUGGCCAACGCAUCCGCACCCGCCGCUGCCGAGAUCUUGGGGUUGGAGCCCUUUGCUCUGCCUUGGGUUCUUGCAGGAAAAGCCCAGCGCCUGCGGCCGCUGUACCAAUACAUCAACUACUGCAACCCAGAGCUGAAUCAGGCGGGGGAUGGGGACAGGGAGCCAGAGGUGGAGGUAGAGCCCGAGGCGGAGUUAGCCCUGGUUCCCGAAGAGCCGGGUGUGGAAAAACUGCAGCUGCAGACCUUGCUGCCCGUGGAGGGUGAGCUGGGUUUAGGCCUUGCUUUACCGUGCCCUAACCCUUUAGUGCCACUAACCCAUAAUCUUCCUCCGCUGGUAGAGGAGGUUGGGGAGGAGCCUGGGGUGAUGUCUAGUCUGAGGGUGAGCGGCAGUCUCAAGGCUGAGGUGGAUAAGACAACGCAAGUGGAUAUCGACAAGAUGUUGAGUGUCUGUGCUGCGCCUCUUGUGCCCCCUCUCUCCCCUCAGUACAAGUGA